UGAACCGGAAGCGGAAGACAAGCAGUUUUUAGAACAAUUGUUAGCUACGGAAACGCUGUUUGUUAUCUUUCAUUUCUUCAAAUGAGAGAACGGUCUUCUUUAACAGUAAUCAUUUGUACUUAAAUCUACGUAGUUUUACGUGGGAUCGGCGAGAAAAUCAACAUGGACAGUGAAGUGUCAGACUUUGACCAGCCGCCGGGAAUGGAUAGCUGUUUGGAAGGGGAGAACGGAGAGAACGCUCCAGUCUACUGCGUCUGCCGCAAGCCCGACAUCAACUGCUUCAUGAUCGGUUGUGACAACUGCAAUGAGUGGUUCCAUGGAGACUGCAUCAAUGUCACAGAAAAGAUGGCUAAGGCCAUUCGGGAGUGGUACUGUCUGAAGUGCAGGGGUAAAGAUGAGUCUCUGGAGAUAAAGUACCGUCCGAAGAAGCUUCCGCGGGAGAAGGAGAAGGAGACGGAGAUGGAGCGGCUGGAGAAGCAGCGAGGCACGCCCGACUUUAAGACCGAUCGCCGGCGUGGAUCACGGGUCUCUGAUAUCAAGCGCUCUGCUCGCAUGUGUGGGGAGUGUGAGCCCUGCAGACGCACGGAGGACUGCGCGCAGUGCGACUUCUGCAAGGACAUGAAGAAGUUUGGCGGGCCCAACAAGAUCCGGCAGAAGUGCCGCCUGAGGCAGUGUGAUGUCAGAGCGAGGAAGAUGCUGCGUGUGCGUGAUGAGGAGUACUCCAUGAAGGAGCAGGACAGCUCCCUGGGGAGGGACGGCCAGCUCUCUGAUGACUACGAUGAACAGGAGCUGGAGCUGCUUCAGCAGUACAGAGCAGCUGGAUAUGACGACCACAACAUGCCUUGGCUCAGUGAUGAAGAUGACGGGCCCUUCCUUGACCCAGUGCUGCGCAAGAGAGCGGUCAAAGUCAAGCACGUGAAAAGACGAGAGAAGAAAUCUGACAAGAAGAAGGAGGAUUACAAGUCGCGGCGGCACAAGCAGAAGCAGAAGCAUCGUGACCGGGUGAAGCACAGCGACCGGGGCGAGGGCCGGGACGGCGGGGGGCUCCGCCAGUGUCUGGGGCCCAGCUGCGUGGAGGCGGCGCGCCCCAACUCCAAAUACUGCUCCGAGGACUGCGGCAUGAAGCUGGCUGCCAACCGUAUCUACGAGAUCCUGCCGCAGCGCAUCCAGCAGUGGCAGCAGAGCCCGUGCAUCGCCGAGGAGCAGGGCAAGAAGCUGCUGGAGCGCAUCCGCCGCGAGCAGCAGUCCGCCCGCAUGCGCCUCACCGACAUGGAGCGCCGCUUCCACGAACUGGAGAGCAUCAUCAUCAAGGCCAAGCAGCAGGUGGUCCAGCAAGACGAGGAGGUGAAUGAGGGGGACAGUGAUGACACGGACCUUCAGAUCUUCUGCGUGUCCUGCAGUCACCCCAUCAACCCCAAGGUGGCGCUACGGCACAUGGAGAGGUGCUACGCCAAGUACGAGAGUCAGACCUCCUUCGGCUCCAUGUACCCCACACGCAUCGAAGGGGCCACCAGAUUGUUUUGCGAUGUGUACAACCCCCAGAGCAAGACAUACUGCAAAAGACUGCAGGUCUUAUGCCCAGAACACUCCCGAGACCCCAAGUGGUACAAGCUGGACGAGCUGUUUGAGCAGGAGCGUAACGUGCGCACGGCCAUGACCAACCGAGCCGGCCUGCUGGCCCUCAUGCUGCACCAGACCAUUCAGCACGACCCCCACACCACCGACCUCCGCUCCAACAAGGACAGAUAA